CGACGUCUGACGCAACCGCGUCGACGCCAUUUUAGCCGAUCCCACUCCGCACUGGGCGUGGCGGCCAUUUUGUUUUGGACACCGAGUGGGAGUUGGCGGCAGCGGCUGUGGAGGCACAGACGACAGGCAGGAAAGGGCAGGCCGGGCGAGCAGCGGACCGGCCGUCCAGAGAACUAGCCUAGCAGCAACGGACUAACCUAGCGGCCUACCGCUUACACUUCUAACCAACCGCCCACCAAGUUACCCCGAGGCCCUCCACCGUCGAUUCAGGCUCGGCCGGCCCCCGGCCCGCCUGCCGCAGCCGUGGUGGCAGCCCCGGGAGGAGCACUGGUGUCCGUUUCCUUCGAUUCUCGGGAUUUGAAGAUGGCUGCACAGUCAGCGCCGAAAGUUGUGCUAAAAAGCACCACCAAGAUGUCGCUAAAUGAGCGCUUUACUAAUAUGCUGAAGAACAAACAGCCGAUGCCAGUGAAUAUUCGGGCUUCGAUGCAGCAACAACAGCAGCUAGCCAGUGCCAGAAACAGAAGACUGGCCCAGCAGAUGGAGAAUAGACCCUCUGUCCAGGCAGCAUUAAAACUUAAGCAGACUUUAUUUGCAAGUCCGGACAAUGGCUGUGGAAGGAUAUGUCCAAGCUGUGGCUGGGCGUCUGGAGGGCGGUCCCAUGCGACUAAGAGCUUAAAGCAGCGCCUGGGUAAAAGUAACAUACAGGCACGGUUAGGCCGACCCAUAGGGACCCUGGCCAGGGGAGCAAUCGGAGGACGAGGACUGCCCAUAAUCCAGAGAGGCUUGCCCAGAGGAGGACUACGUGGGGGACGUGCCACAAGAACCCUACUUAGGGGCGGGAUGUCGCUCCGAGGUCAAAACCUGCUCCGAGGUGGACGAGCCGUAGCUCCCCGAAUGGGCUUAAGAAGAGGUGGUGUUCGAGGUCGUGGAGGUCCUGGGAGAGGGGGCCUAGGGCGUGGAGCUAUGGGUCGUGGCGGAAUCGGUGGUAGAGGUCGGGGUAUGAUAGGUCGGGGAAGAGGGGGCUUUGGAGGCCGAGGCCGAGGUCGUGGACGAGGAAGAGGUGCCCUUACUCGCCCUGUACUGACCAAGGAGCAGCUGGACAACCAAUUGGAUGCGUACAUGUCAAAAACGAAAGGACAUCUGGAUGCUGAAUUGGAUGCCUACAUGGCACAGACAGAUCCCGAAACCAAUGAUUGAAGCCUGAGCAGCCUCCUGUGAGAGACUCAUGUUCAAAGUCACCACAUAUGUAAAUAGCCUUGAUAACAGAUGAGGAAAACCUUGAGUGAUGCUCGAAGGACCUGUCACAAUAGGCUAUGGACUUACUUGCCACCAGUUUGCGCAUUUAGUGUGUUUGUUUUACUUUUUUGAUACUGUGUUGUAUGAAACCCAUUUUUCUUCUGACUUGGUUUUGUUAUUUGAGAUUUUGUUUUUCUUCACCCAAAUUUCUCUUUGAACACGAAUAUGUUGACCUUGUGGCUAGCACCCCCACUUUCAGCCUCUUCCCUCUCACCUAUCACAUGUUCUGACUUUUAACAUUUCCUCUGUUCAUCUCUGCGCCCCCCAAAAGUGUCCCAGAAAGAGCCCAUCAGUGUCCCUCCCUGAUGGCUAGGCUGCUGAGAUAACAGUUCUGUUCUGUAUCAUCUUUAACGUCUUAGAAGUGUUUGGAACAUCUGGAGUUCAAAAAUGUGUUCUGCCACAUUGACAUUUUUGUGAAUUGGGGACCUUGACAUAGCUACUGGGCUCCAUUACAGAUUACACAUGGUAGCAGAUCUGAACAGACUUGAUUAAAUGACUACCGCGUACAGAUAGCCACCCAACAGUGGCUGGGUUAGGUGAUGUACUUUCCACGCUGAAACAAGAUUUAUAUGCUUUGUUGGCUUUGCAUUAUGUCCAAGGGGUGCUAGUGUUGGGUUAGCUUACACCUACAGUCAGAAAGCACAAGGCCACUUGAUUAGGUAGACCCUUCAGAAGAGGAAGGCAUGGGAGAAUGAAUGAUGGCAGACAAACGGGGUGGCUCAGAAGAUAACCAAAUUAAAAUUCUGUUAUCCUGUGUUUAUCCCAAACCUUUCUUGGGCUUCUGCAGUCAUUGGCUUUGUUUGAUGCUCAUUUUUCCCUUGAAGGUUAAGUUCAACCAUAUCCUGUCAACUGUUCAGUUUCAGUGAAAUCUUGUAUUUCUGGUUCAUUACAACAAAUCGUUCUCUCAAAUCCA